AUGAAAACUCUAUCACUGCUUGUAUGCAUCUUUGUGCUGAGUGCUUGCUUCCCAUUCAGUGAAAGUGGAAGAAAGAAUCGCAAAUCACAUCACAAAAAACAUAUUCAACAGUCACCUAAACUUCACAAAUUACCACAUUGUUCUGAAUUACCAUCCCACCAGAAUCAACUCAGUAAAAAGUAUUACCAUGUUCUUCUACACAAAUUAUCUAAGCAUAGGCCUGAACAUUCAUAUACUAAGUGUUCAGUCAAAAAUAACACUGUGGUCAACAAUAACAAUUCAGAGAUCACCACCCAAGUACCAUCUUUGAAUUCCAUAUCUCCUUCCAUCAAAAUUACUACCAAUUCAGGUGUGAGACCUCCCACUCAGAAUGCUGUUAUUACAUUUGCAAGAGAAAAUAUCAUGACUGGCUCUUCUGUAGCUACAUCAACAUCACAACCUUCUUCAGCUCUGCCAGAUACCACAGCUUCCCCACCUACAUCUUUCCCAGCUACAACUCCACAACCUUCUUCAGCUCUGCAAGAGACCACAGCUGCCCAACCUACAUCAUUCCAAGCUACAUCAACACCACAACCUUCUUCAGCUCUGCAAGAGUCCACAGCUGCCCAACCUACAUCAUUCCAAGCUACAUCAACACCACAACCUUCUUCAGCUCUGCAAGAGACCACAGCUGCCCAACCUACAUCAUUCCAAGCUACAUCAACACCACAACCUUCUUCAGCUCUGCAAGAGACCACAGCUGCCCAACCUACAUCAUUCCAAGCUACAUCAACACCACAACCUUCUUCAGCUCUGCCAGAGGCCACAGCUGCCUCACCUACAUCUUUCCCAGCUACACCAACACCACAACCUUCUUCACCUCUGCCAGAGACCACAGCUGCCCCACCUACCACACCUAAUUCUUCCCCAGACACUGUUGCACCUGAAACUUCUGAAACUACAGCUGCACCAGUACCCCAAACUACUCCUCCAACCACUAGUCAAACUGUUACUGUCACACAACCAACUUCAUCUCCCAGUCAAAAUAUAUAUCUUCAAUUUCUUGCAGGCUUACGAUAUUGGUUUAAUAGAAUUUUUGAUCAUUUAGAAAGGAUUCAGUAG